GUCACGACACUGCGUGUUCAGUCAGAAAGACUGUUGCAGCAACAUGACUAAAUAACCAGAAAUAAAGAUCAACUUCCAAACUUAUAACUGUGUAAUUAUCAGUUUAAAGCGGAGCAGUAAUGUGAUUGCUCUCAGUUGUUCUUUUAUUUGAGAUAUUUGGGUUUAUAUGACGAACACACACAGAAGAGAAAGAUGUCUGCUUCAAAAUCUACUUUAUCCGUGUUUCUCCUCAUAUGUUUCCUGUCCUGUUCUGUCUCUGAAGACCCACAGGAACAACCGAUAACAGUACAACGUGGAGAUGACGUCGUUCUACCAUGUGAAGCUCCAAACAACGUCAACAUAGCAGUUGUUACGUGGACCAGAUCUAACCCUGAGAAACACGUCUACAUGAAGAUAGACGGGCAUCUGGAGACAGAAGACCAGGAUCCAUCUUAUGUGAACCGGGUGCAGCUGAUGGACGAUGAGAUGAAGAACGGUGAACUGUCUCUGAUUCUGGAGAACGUGAACAACAACGAUGUAGGAACAUACUAUUGUUACUAUAAGGAGGGGACAGGAAGAUCUGCUAAGAAAAAAUUCAGCAGCAUCGUCUACCUGAUUGUUGAAGAUGGACGUAUACUUCUUGAACUAAUUCUGGCAGCUACUCUGAUUCCUGCUGCUCUUGUUGUUGCUGGUAUUGUUGGUUUUGUGAUCUACAAGAAGCGUAAAGGACGUUCAGAGAAUAAUCCAGACCUGCCUGAUGAUGAUCCAGAGGUCCUUCAGCAGCUUUAAGAGAACGAAAACGGUCAGAUAAACAUCACUCAGAACAUCUCUGACACUCAGAUGGUAAAACUCCACUGAAACUGAAUCAAAGUAAAACUGAAGGAAAGUAAUGUUAAAAAUCUUUUUUCAGUAAUUUUGGGAGGUUCAGGUGUGACUUCUUAUUGAACCUCUCCUUGGAUUGUCACAUUAUCGUGGU